AUGGACGGCGGAUACGGCAACAACUACAACCCCUAUGGCAGCCAAACCGGUGGCGGUGGGUUUAUGGCUGGAGAAACCACCAGUCCAUCGGGAGGAGGCAAGUUUGGCGGUGGUGACAACAAGACUCUUCGUCCCGUGACAGUCAAACAAAUCCUCGACGCAACCUGCCCUUACCCCGAAGCGCCUUUUCAAGUCGACGGUGCCGAUGUCGCCAAUGUGGUGUUCGUAGCUCAAGUGCGAAACAUCAGCAAACAGAGUACCAACAUCACAUACAAGGUUGACGACAGCACAGGUGACGUCGAGGUCAAAAAAUGGGUCGACUCCGCUACUGCAGAUACUAUGGACAUGGAUGAUCCAAACGGAAUCCAUACUAAGGGAUACGUUCGUGUACUCGGUGCAAUCAAGUCUUUCGGAAAUAGGCGAUACAUUGGAGCUCACAGCAUUCGGCCCGUCACGGAAAUCAACGAAUUUCUUUGCUCGAUGCUCGACGCUGCUGCCGUGCACUUGUUCUUCACUCGUGGUCCUUCAGGUGAUGGUGCUAGUGCUGGUGUCGCAGCAGGUGCUAGCGGCUUUUCGGCGAUGGCCGACUAUGGUGGGCCUGAUGCUCAUAACAAAGCUCUGCAUGGUAUGAGUCCUUUUGCAAAGGAUAUUUACCAAUUGUUAAGGACAGAGCCACAAGAUGAUACCGGUCUUCACUUGCAAACGAUUUGUGGGAAGCUGGGAAUUCCCCAUAUGGAUGUUGCACGCGCUGGAGACGAACUGCUCAAUGCGGGUGUUAUCUUCUCUACGUUGGAUGAGCAUACCUGGGCUAUUCUAGAUUGCUAG